CGGAAACGAAGCCUGGUAAUGUAGCUAUGUAGCUAGCUAGCUAUCUUAGGUCAUUUACAGUGGUUUUAAGAUGUUUUAGUCAGAAAUACGUGUUAUGUCAGCUAACGUUAUUCUGAAUAGUUGUUUUCGUCGGCAACUGUCACACCGGUAGCUGUCAGACAUAAAUUCAGUUCAGACUGGUACUUGAAUUGAACAAGCGUUAGCAUUAGCACACACUCCCUCAGCUCAGCCUGAAUCAGCUGACAGGCGGAGCAGAGCCAGCAGCAGCAGUAAUGGAUCAACUCAAAGUCAAAGACAGGAUACUGGAAAACAUCUCCCUCUCCGUAAAGAAGUUGCAGAGUUACUUUGCAGCUUGUGAAGAUGAGACACCAGCCAUUAGGAACCAUGACCGUGUUCUGCAGCGGUUAUGUGAACAUCUAGACCACGCUUUGUUAUACGGGCUACAGGAUAUCUCAUCAGGCUACUGGGUCCUCGUUUUACAUUUUACUCGACGAGAGGCUGUUCGACAGAUUGAUGAACUUCAGCACAUAGCAACCAACCUUGGAAGAAGUCGAGCUUGGCUGUACUUGGCACUCAGUGAGAGCUCUUUAGAAAGCUAUCUUCGCCUUUUUCAAGAGAAUCAAGCACUUCUUCAUAAAUAUUAUUUAAAAAAUGCACUUGUUUGCAGCCAUGACCAUCUUACAUUAUUCCUUACACUUGUUUCUGGGUUGGAGUUCAUCCGCUUUGACCUGGAAUUGGACGUUCCAUAUCUGGAUGUUGCACCUUAUAUGCCAGAUUACUACAAACCACAGAAUCUUUUGGAUUUUGAGGAGAGAUUACCCAGUUCUGACAGCAUCUCUCUGCACUCUUUCACAUCCCUUACUUCCACUAAUUUGGAGUGGGAUGACAGUGCCAUCGCUCCUUCAAGUGAAGAUUAUGAUUUUGGUGACAUCUUCCCUGUGUUGCAGUCAAUGCCAAAUGCAGACUGGGAAGAAGGAGACCUAACUGACCCGGUCAGUGGGUCUCGCUCCACAGCCUCUGAGCUUCAUACAGUGGUCAGUGGUGAGUCUGUAGUGGUGAAAGCUGCAGAAACUUCAGUCAGAAUCGCAUCUUUAUCAUACAGCCCCACAAAUCGCUACAAUCCCUUUAACGAGGAUUCGGACUCUAACACUUCUGCCGAUGUCACACCGGUGCACACAGCCAGCCGACGUGAUGCCCCUGCCGGAGAUGACACUGAGAGCACCAGCACGGAUCUGGAGGUCAUCAGGAUGGUCAGAAGAAAAAAGCCUGGUAAAAAACGACGAGGCAAAGGAUCAACAAACUCUAUUGGCAGCAUCCACAGUCUGCCCUCACCAGAGCAGUUAGAGACUGAAGAAUCCAUUCAGACGAGGUGUGAGAGGACAAAUGCGGAGGAUGGAGUUUGCUAUGACACCCUGGAUACACUGAAUGGCCCAGUCCAAUCAGACACAGAGCUCAGAGAGAGCGGUGAGGAUGAGGAACCUGAAGCCAUGCUGAGGCUUCCUGAGAUGACAGACACCUCUAUGGACAGCGUAGGCAAGCCACUCUGGGAUGUCAUGGACAGGUUAAACGGAGCUCUGGAUGGAAAGACCUGGGAAAGACAAGAGAAAGAGGAAGCAGAGGGUGAAAUGGCUUGCGCUAAUCCGGCUGCAUCUCUUCUUCAGCAGCAGCCCUUUCAGGAGGACGCACCAGGAGAGCCUCCUGAUCCAGAAUCGCAGCUCCACGCUUUGGCCUCGCCAGCCCCUGCACACUUCUACUGCUUUACCUCCCAGAGUGCAGGCGCUGCUGCCCAGAGUGGUAGCCACCAUGACUCUGCAGGGCAUGGCCAGUCAGAGGCUCUUCUCGGUGGCCAUGAAGAUGAGAGAAAAGGAGAAACAGCAGCAGAACAAGAUGCUUCCUCCCAAAUAGAGAAGGACAGAGGAGAAGCUGGAGGUGUGCUGCAGCAGAACGGUUCUGUGGAAGGGGAAGUUCAGCCAGAUGAGAACUCCCAUCCCGCAGAGUUUAGGGUAGAUAACAAUCACCUACUGCUUCUCAUGAUCCAUGUCUUCAGAGAGAAUGAAGAACAACUCAUUAAGAUGGUGAGGAUGAGUACAGGACACAUGGAGGGAGACCUGCAGCCGCUCUUUCUGCUGCUUACAGAUUGUUAUAUUUACCUGCUGCGAAAAGGGGCUGCAGACAAGCCAUAUACUGUAGAGGAUGCUGUGUCCUACACUGAGCUUGAUUAUAUAUCUGUUGGAUUGGACCUGCAGACAAUUACUCUGGUGUGCACCAACAGAAGAAGACAGUUCCUGUUGGAUACUGCUGAUUGCUCACUCACAAUCUGGUUUCUCGGUGUGCUGAAGCCAGCAAUCACCCUUGGCUGUAGGGAGGAGCCUUACCCUGCUAUCCUAACUGAUGCCACUAUGGAAAAGCUGGCUCUUACUAAAUUUGCAGGCCAGGAGUGUAACUGUGAGGUAUCAGAGGUCAGUGUCCGACUGUAUUCUCUCAUUCACUGGGAGGACCCCAUGGAUGUGUGUGUAAGUUCUCCCACCUCUCCAUCCGGCUCAAGGGUCUUCAGCAGCACUAAGGAAGGUACACUUCAGUACCGAGUAGGGACUUCAUAUCUGGGAAAGGAGCUGUGGAAGAGCUGCUACCUUGUCCUCAGCAAUGGCAUCCUCUACCAGUACCCUGACAGGACUGACGUUACUCCACUGAUGUCAAUUACCAUGGGCGGUGAGCACUGUGGAGGCUGCAGGAGAUCAAACAGCACAGAGAGGCCGCACGCGUUCCAGGUGAUCCUGACUGCCCGUCCUCCUCUGGAGCUGUGUGCUGAAAAUGAGCUGGACAUGGCGGAGUGGAUGCAGCUCAUCUGUCAGGCUGUCUCCAAAGGAAUGAUUCCACAGGGAGUAGCACCAGUGCCUUGUAUCCCAUGUUGCCUUGUUCUGACAGACAAGAAGCUGUUAACAUGUCAUCAGGAUUGCCAGACCAGUUUUUUCCGUUCCCUUGGUGCAGUCAACGUCAGUGACAUCACAGCAGUUCGUCUCGAGGAGGAUAAAGAAUAUUGUGUUAUUGAAUUUGCAGCAGACCGUUCUCAUUACCUGCCCUCAUGGGUCCUAUAUUUUAGUGGUUGUUCAGAGAGAGAUCGACUUUUAGAGGAACUUAAUCUUGUGUGGACUGCGAUUUUUCAGGUUUCUCUGGCUCGUAAAGUCGUAUCAGACGAGUUGGUGCAGAAGAGAUGUAGGGAGGCGUUAGAGCUGAUGCACAGUGCCUGGAAGAGGAGUGACAGCCUGCGCAGAGGAAGGUGCAGUAGAGAGCCGUGGUGCUGAGAGGCUCUGUUAACUCUCAGGGAACUCGGCUUUGAGAAUGGACUGCACUAAUCCAACCAUCUGUGAUGUUGGUGUGAACAUCAGGUUGUGUGCUGACCUGACCUGACAGGUAGCAAAGAAUACUGCACAAUUUAUUAGGAAUUACUGCAUACGUACCUUUAAUAAGUGAUAAAUCACUUUAAGUGAGCUGUAAACACUGUGCGAAAGGUAGUUCUGCUUUACAAAAUGCUAAUAAUGCAACUGAGAAAUGGCUAAGUGUCUGUUUAAGAGAAUAGUGGGUAUAUUUCCAAACCAUGCUCUUCAUGUACUAGAGCAAAUGAACAGUCACCAUAGGUGUAAAUAUUGCAAAUACCUUUAUACAAAAGGUUUGUUUAUAAAUGGGUAUGGUUUCUUUAUAUUCAAAAUCUUUAACUUGUAAAAAAUUGUACAGUAUAAAUACACAAUUACGGAAUGCUUACAUUGGUAACAUUGUAUAGGUUUUUUAAUCAAAUACCUCACUAAACAUGUAUUAUAUGUACACAGAGGUACUCAUUUUAGGCUAGUGUUCACACUGUCUAAAUCAUAUGAUCUUAUGACUGCUCACUUUAUGUUUUAUGUUAGCCCUGGCUGCUAAAAGAUCAGUGUUUAUGCAGAAUAUAUCACUGCACACUGAGCAGUGCAAAUGAAAAGAACAUAAGGGAAUGCUUGCUUGCACCAGAAUGUAAGAUUGCACAUAAAUAUUUUAUUAGGCUAUACUGGUUUUACUAUUGGGAUUAUUGAUGUCUGGUUUGUCACUGAGACAUUCUUGUAGCGCUGCUUAUAAUACUCAUCAAUGCAAUUAAUUUAAUUUAUAAUUAUUCAUGCAAAGCCCUCCUCACUCACAGCUCUUUUAUUUUAAGCAGAAAUUCGAUGACACAUCACUUGACAUUAGGGCCUGACUUUUAUGUAAGGUACCAUUACCAGUUUUUCAUGUUUGUUUUUUAUUAUUGCAGUUUUAUUUGUUUGUAUCUUUGUUGCCUGAUUUUAAGGUAGCUUUAUUAUAAAAUCAGCCAAUAGCACUGAAUGAUUAUCUGAUUUUAGUAGACUUCCGAUUAUUUAAGUGGUCUUACUGUGUAAACAGCAUACUAUUAAAUAAGACUAAAGAGUAUCAGAUUAAGGUGUUGGGCUGGUAGUCAUGUUAUUAAGUGCAUUAAGCAGAUUUCUUCUGGUUUUCUACAGUUGUUCAUGUGCCUGAACACCAAAGAGAGGAAAAAUCUCAGCCUGCAUUCCAUAUUUAAUGCAGUGUACUAAAUAAAAUGUAAAAUUAGAAAUCAUUGCUGAGAAUUUGGCAUAGAGUUUACCAUGAAAUAUGUGGAUGCAAACACAGAAUACCUUAAUAUUACUGAAGGACAACGUUCUAUGCAACUGUCCACUAUAAAAACUUACAAAUGAACAUUCAGUAAUUAACUGCAGUGAACGUAUCAAAAGCUAAAAGCAUCGACUGUCUUGUUUACCAGGAAAACUCCAUGUUGACUGAUAAAGCUUUCAAUGUUUACUCUUUCACUCCUGGAAACUAUAAACGAAUCACUUUUUAAAAAACGUGAUUACUAUCUGAAUGUAGACCUGAGAUUUUUUCCUUUGACAUAUUAUGUAAGUGCAAGUGAACCUGGUUUGCAGUUAUCGAAUGAUUCUGUUUGUGUAAAUGCACUCAUUACCAAAUACAGUGUUUUUUUUCAUAUCUGGCAGAUCCUGUCAUGCUGUGUAUUAGCCGACUUUAUUUACCAGCCAUGUUGUAGAGGCCUUUAUUAAUUUUAUCUGUUGGAAUUUAACAGGCUGUUGGGUCACAUUGUUCCUGUUUAAUUUUACAGUUUGAAAGUGCAUUAUGUUUCUAACACAUAAUUAAUGUUGAUUUUAUUGUCCACUAAUAAUGGCUGUUUUUGCAACUUAUUAUACUGCAGGAACAGUAUUUUCAUUUUGGGUUACAAAUGGUACCAGUAAAAGCUUUUACAUUUUUAAUAAUAUUUUCUAAUUUAUUUCCAAGCUCAUAGUAUUUUUUUUAACCCUCAUUCCGUAAUUCUAUCAUACUGUUAGUGGGGAAUUAUACACUAGAUGUUCUUCCACUGGAUUAAUGUGUUGUUUUAAUGAUGGUUUGCUUAAGUACUGUUGCCAAGCUGUUGUGACUUACAUGUACAUCAUGGCAUUUAGCAGACGCUUUUAUUCAAAGCGACUUACAAUUUUGACAGAAAGCAAUUGAAGGUUAAGGUCUUGCUCAAGGACCCAACAGCAGCAACCUUUUGAUCAAUAGUCCGAUUACUGGAUGGCUUGCAAUGAUUAUGAAGGAAUGAAAGCUUUGGUUUGUUGAAGUGUGUGCAGAUGAAAUGUAACCUGUGGGCAAUGUACUUGCACAUUGCUGAGCAAUGGUGGAUUUGAGACAGCACAGUAAAAUGUUUUACAUGUAUUUGUAAUAUUUGUGUACAAACUGUUUUGUUUUUAGUGGCUUGUUUUAUUUUUAUGUUUUGAUGAUGGCUGAAUGAUGUUAUACUAAAACUUAAUUGUUUUUAAAUGAAUUAAAUGCUGCAUGUUUUAUUUUUUUUUAAUUCUUACACUAACCUGUAAUUUUUUGUAAAUAGAAAAUAAACAAAUAUAAAUAUUUGA